GAGUGAGUGGGUGAGGAGAAGGGGAAACGAAGGGGCAUUCGUGGCAGGAAAAAGCAGAGGGGCGAUUUGUUUCCCGUCCAGUGUUUCCUUGUGUGGAAAGAGUUUGAGGGACGGCUCAGGAGUUCUGACUAGACACAGGCGCGUCCUCCUUUAUUUUUUCCUUCCAGAAGGGGGCGUCGCUUUGAAAAAGGCCGAGAAGUCUUUCUCCUGUUUUGUUUUGAGUCAGUUUUGAGACGCCUCCUCAGUGUGUGAGGAAACGUGGAGAGCUUUUUACCCUUCUUCAGGUGUAUUGUUAUCGGGAUAGGGUAAUGUGAUGAAGGAAUUGAAGGAAGGAAAGCCCUCUUACUAGAAAAUGUUAAGUACAGUUAUGCUCCUAAUGAAUGUGACACCAAGUGCCUGCUGAUCCUGAUGACCAUUGAAAAACCGUCCAAACUUGCCUGUAUUUUAAGGACGUAUGAGCUCCGUUGUAAGUGGCACAGAAGGAUUUCUAAAAUACAGAACUGGAGGGUGGAUCACUUUAUAUAUCUGCAGUACCCUCACAUUUCCUGAGCUUCUUUCCAGCCCAUUAUCUGCUUCUGUGUAUUUCCUGCCUCUUUCUAUGGUAGCAUCUAGUGCCACAAAAAAACGACCACAGUAGAAUGGAAUUGUCAUGGAAUGUAUGGCUAAACCGUGCUUUGGUGAUGAAUAGCAUGCUGCUUUGAAUGCAUCUGCACUCUUUCACCUUUCUUCUAUGAUUUGAGUUGCUGAUGUAUGAUCAGAAUGAGUGGAUUAGGGGAGAACUCCUUGGACAGCAUGACCAGUGAUUCAAGAAAACGCAAGCCAUUGCCCUGUGAUACCCCGGGACCAGGUUUAAUUUGCAGCGGGGAGAAACGUCGACGUGAGCAAGAAAGCAAAUAUAUUGAAGAACUGGCUGAGCUGAUAUCUGCUAACCUGAGUGACAUUGAUAAUUUCAAUGUCAAGCCGGAUAAAUGUGCAAUUUUAAAGGAAACUGUUAGACAGAUACGACAAAUAAAGGAACAAGGAAAAGCAGCUUCAGCUGAUGAUGAUGUUCAGAAAGCUGAUGUGUCUUCAACUGGUCAAGGUGUUAUUGACAAAGAUUCAUUGGGACCUCUUCUGUUACAGGCAUUGGAUGGCUUCUUAUUUGUAGUCAAUCGAGAUGGGAACAUUGUAUUUGUAUCUGAAAAUGUCACUCAGUAUUUGCAAUAUAAGCAGGAGGACUUGGUUAAUACAAGUAUUUACAGUAUUUUGCACGAGGAAGAUCGGAAGGAUUUCCUUAAAAAUUUACCAAAAUCUGCAGUGAAUGGAGUUUCUUGGACCAAUGAAGCACCUAGACAGAAGAGUCACACAUUUAAUUGCCGCAUGAUGGUGAAAACAAUACAUGAUCUUCUGGAAGAUGUAGGGAGCAACCAAGAUACACAUCAAAGAUUUGAAACCAUGCAGUGUUUUGCUUUAUCACAGCCAAGAGCUAUGUUAGAAGAAGGUGAAGAUUUGCAGUCUUGUAUGAUAUGUGUGGCACGCCGUAUCUCUGCAAUGGAAAGGGUAUUUUCACCAAAUACAGAAAGCUUUGUUACUAGGCAUGAUCUUUCAGGUAAACUUGUCAACAUAGAUACAAACUCUCUCAGGUCCAUGAAACCUGGAUGUGAAGAUACAAUCCGUCGAUGUAUUCAGAGAUUUUUAUGUCAAAAUGAAGGACAGCCCUGGUCAAACAAACGCCAUUAUCAAGAAGCAUAUAUACAAGGCCACUCUGAAACUCCAUUCUAUCGGUUUUCCUUAGCAGAUGGAACAAUAGUGAUAGCACAGACAAAAAGUAAACUGUUUCGAAACCCAGUUACCAAUGACCGCCAUGGAUUUAUCUCCACUCACUUUCUUCAAAGAGAACAAAAUGGAUAUCGACCAAAUCCUGGUUCAAUGGGACAGAAUAUCAGAGCACCCACCACCGGGGGCACAAAUUCAGGUGGUGGUGUUAUGAAUAUGUUGCCUGGGCAAAACAUGCCUUUGCAGAACAGGACCUAUGGCAUGGGAGAUCCUAACUUAAUGGGACAAAUGAGCAGUGCUAGAUAUGGUGCCCAUGGAAAUAUGGGAUCAAUGAACGCUGCGCCAGGAAUGCAGUCUUCUCCUUAUCAGAGUAACUAUGGAUUAAAUAUGAGCAGCCCACCACAUGGCAGCCCAGGCUUAAAUUCCAGUCAACAGAAUUUAAUGAUAUCUCCUAGAAAUCGUGGGAGUCCUAAAGUGAAUUCACACCAGUAUUCUCCUGUAACAGGUGUGCACUCUCCAAUGGGACCUGCCAGCAAUACUAGCAACAACUUCUCAAGCAGCUCACUUAGUGCUCUUCAGGCCAUUAGUGAGGGGGUUGGAACAUCUCUUCUGUCUACGCUUUCUUCACCGGGUCCCAGACUGGACAAUUCUCCAAAUAUGAAUGUUUCUCAACAGAGUAAAAUGGGGAACCAGGACUCAAAGAGCCCUCCAGGCAUAUUUCCUGAGCAAAAUCAGGUGGAGAGCUCUAUGUGUCAAUCAAACAGCAGGGACUCCCUUGGUAACAAGGAUAGCAAAGACGAGAGUCUUGAAGGAUCUGAUCAAAGGGGACCAGCUGAAAGCAAAGGUCAUAAAAAACUUCUUCAGUUACUCACUUGUUCGUCGGAGGACCGAGGGCAUUCAACACUGUCGAACUCUCCCUUAGACUCUACUUGCAAAGACUCAUCUACCAAUGCUACAAGCCCUUCCUCUGGAGUUUCCUCUUCUACCUCUGGAGGGGUUUCUUCAUCAAACAUGCAAGAGAAGCAUAGAAUUUUGCAUAAGUUGCUACGGAAUGGUAAUUCUCCAGCAGAGGUAGCAAAAAUCACUGCUGAAGCUACUGGCAAAGAUACAUACCAUGAUAGCAGUACGGUUUCCUGUGGGGAAGGAAUGGUGAAACAGGAGCAAAUGAGUCCUAAAAAGAAAGAGAACCAUGCUCUGCUUAGAUACCUUCUUGACAAGGAUGAUGCAAAAGAUUCACUUUCAAAAGACAUUAAACCUAAAAUAGAAUGUUUAGACAGCAAAAUGGGACAGUGCUGUAACUCUGCCAUCCCUACGUCAAGUCAAGAGAAAGAGAUGAAAAUAAAAACAGAACCCACAGAAGAGAUGAGUGGAGAUUUGGUGGACAAUUUAGAUGCAAUUUUGGGUGAUCUAACUAACUCAGAUUUUUGCAGUAAUCCUAUCUCUACAAAUGGGAGUAAUAUAGGGAAUAAGCAACCUUUAUGUCAAGGAACUGUACCACUAGGUAUGAGAAGUCCCCAGCCUGUACAGAACACCCGUCCUCCUUUCAACAGAGCCAUGUCUUUAGACAGCCCCAUAUCAGUGGGUUCAAGUGCACCAGUGAGGGGUAUCAAUGCAUUUUCCAUGUUACAGAAGCAAAGCAUGAUGGGUGGUAGUCCAAGAAUUACUGAGAACCAGGAAAAUUUUGCUACUAAUAUGGGGGGAUCUAGCAGAAAUAUGCCCAUGAAUCAGCAUUCAGCAAGUGACUGGAGUGUACAAAACUCAAAAGUGAGCAGAAUAGAGCCUACAAGUGCUGGUUCAAUGACAAGACCAGGGGCAGACUGCAAUCUUUCCCUUUCUAGAUCUUCAGUCGGUGGGUCCAUGCCUGGUUUGCCCAUGAGAUCCAAUAGUAUGCCUGGAACUAGAACCAUGCUCCAACAACAGAUGAUUCAUAUGAGACCAAAUGAGAUUAAUAUGGGUAUGGGUGGAAAUCCUUAUGUACAUCCAGGACCAUCUAACCAACCAAAUGCAUGGCCUGACAGCAUGCUCUCUGUUGAGCAAGGUCCACGAGGUUCACAAAACAGGCAAUUAGUUAGAAAUUCUUUGGAUGACCUUUUAUACUCUUCUCCAACUGUUGAUGGCCAAAGUGAUGAAAGAGCUCUUUUAGAUCAGCUACACACAUUGCUGAGUAGUACAGAUGUCACUAGCCUUGAAGAAAUCGAUAGAGCCUUAGGGAUUCCUGAUCUUGUAAAUCAAGGGCAACCAUUAGAACCAAAACAAGAACCCUUUCACGGGCAAGAACCUGCAGUAAUGAUUGAGCAGAAACCUCCAAUGUAUAGCCAGCCCUACCAGGGGCAGGGAGCAGCGAUACCAGGAGGUUUUAGUAGCAUGCAGGGCCAGCAGGCAGCGUUUAAUUCGGUGAUGAACCAGAUGAACCAACAGAGCAAUUUCCCAAUGCAGAAUAUGCAUCCCAGAGCAAAUGUAAUGAGACCAAGAACCAAUACACCAAAGCAACUUCGCAUGCAACUCCAACAGAGGCUUCAAGGGCAGCAGUUCUUGAAUCAAACACGUCAGACACUUGAUAUCAAAAUGGAGAAUCCCAACCCGGGAAAUGCAUCAGUUAUGAGACCAGUUAUGCCUCCACAGAUGGGAUCACAACAACAGGGCUUCCUUAAUGCACAGAUGGUGGCCCAGCGAAAUAGGGAGCUAAUAAGUCACCACAUCAGACAGCAACGAAUGGCCAUGAUGAUGCAGCAACAGCAGCAACAAUCUCAGACCUUCAGCCCUCCCCCAAAUGUUACUGCCUCAGGAAGCAUGGAUGGUGCAGUCGCAGGCCCUCCAAUGGCUCCAGUCCCACCCCAGCAGUUUUCAUACCCAUCAAAUUAUGGAAUGAACCAGCCACCAGAUCCUGCCUUCAGCAGGGUGUCCAGUCCUCCUAAUCCCUUGAUGGCUCAAAGAAUGGGACCCUCGCAGAAUCCCAUGAUGCAGCAUCCCCAGGCGACACCAAUGUAUUCUUCUCCUGAGAUGAAGGGCUGGCCAUCAGGAAGUAUGGCCAGAAGCAGUUCCUUUCCACAGCAACAGUUCAGCCAUCCUGGGAAUCCUGCAGCUUACAACAUGUUGCACAUGAACAGCAAUGGUGGUCACCUUGGGCCAAUGAAUAUUAAUACUAUGCCUAUGUCAGGAAUGCCCAUGGGCCCAGACCAGAAAUACUGCUGACACUUCCAACUGCAAUCUCCCAAUAGACAGAUGUCAUACAUGGCAAACUUAAGUAUUACAGAAAAGUCUGCGGAAACAUCACAGCAACGUCUUCUAGCCUUACGGAAAUACCAUAUCUUUUUCCAUGACGGUGUCCCAAGUGACUUCAUAAUUAUGGACUUUUGGGGGUGGGGUGGGGUAGAAACAAAGUAUCACUUUGUUGUGUUAAAAACAACAACCAAGGUCAGAUAUAAUUUUGGCAUUCUGCCUCCAGCACCAUGAGUUUGGUAAUGGCAUUUGAGUAAAUGUGAUAGGUAGACCCUUGUAUACCGCUUCUGUUUACUGUAGCUAUCCAAAGCCCUUAACUACAGGCAGACCAAAGUGCCUGAAGAAGCCUGGACAAUAGUCUUGAGUACUAGAGCCUCUGACAGAAUGUAGUUCCUGGCCUUGAUUUUAAAAACAGAACAGGAUGCUGAACAUUUGUGCUGCUGUGAAUCCUGCUCCCACAUGUUCUGAUCUUCUAGUGGCAAUAACCAAGGAGCCACCACACCCUCCAACUCCUGCUCUUUGAUGCCAAAGGGCUAUGGAGAAAAUAAAUACAUAUAAUCACGAUAACAAUUUCCAUGUUGAUGUGCAGCUUUGUGCACUUUAUAAAAUGCUGUACGAACGGGGUCAAUGCAAUACCUUUAAUAAAGAAUGGAUAUAAAAAUAAUCAAAUUCAUGCCCUCUUUCAAGAUCGGUUUAAAUUAUUACAUAAUGAUUUUCUGUGUUGGAAAUCUGAGCAAUAAUCAUACUUUUAAAAUUAAAUUUCGUAAAAGUCAAGGCGAGGCAUUGCAAUUUGAAGAGAAAUUUUCCAUGUGAAUAGUUUUGUAAAUACAAUCUUAAGAUGUUGUAUUAUAUAUAUAUGACUUUUGUAGGCCACUAACUCAUUUUUGAAGAGUUUGUGAAGCUAAAUAUUUAACAAAGAUAAUUUCUGUAAACUCGGUUUAGUCAAAGUUGUCUAAAUAGGGUUUUUUUUUAUUUAAAUGGUUUUGGACUUGGGUGACUGUGGCCCUUAUCCUCUUUUCAUUGGUUUCUGACAAUUUAUUUAGACCUUUUAUGUACUGGCUUUUUAAAAGACUAUUUGUUUAUAUUUUAGUGGUAUUUUAAUACUUUCUCUACACCUUAAGUGUGCACUUUGUUACUUUUCUUAUAGAGAGCAAUUUGAUGACAAAAAUACUCUUUUUAGCUGUCAUAAGAGUGUGGAAUUUUUAAUAUAAUUCUCUUUUCAAGGAAAGGGCCUCAGCUCUAAGACAUUUGGUCAACUUUUAAUGAAACCUCUGUUUUGUGUGUGUAUAUGUGUGUGUUAAAUGUCUAUCAUCAGGGAGCACAUCUGGUGAUACAUAAAUAUCAAGUUAUGUGUGGCAAUUAACAAGAUGUAUCGCAAUUAAUUGCUAUACUGGUAACAAAUAUAUUUAUUUUCUAAACAGUUUUGUUCAUUUCAUAUUCUAGUUGAGAGGUCAAAAUCCCCAUAAUUUUCUGUCAUACAAAAUGAAGAUACCUUGAUUCUUGUCUCCUUUCCAAUCCCCAACAAACCGUCGUGAUUCAGAAUAGGAUCUUUAGUAGAAAGGCAGGCCAGAAUCUCUGAAAGCAGUGUGAUGUUUGCUAUUUUACCAACUUCCAUUGCAGAUUCUUAUUUGCUCUUAAAUAAGUAAAUUGGUGAUUUUGGUUAUUUGAUUCAUAAUGGUAGUUCAGCUUCAUUUUACAGAAGCUAAUUUUUUUUGUAAGGGACAGAAUUAUUUAAUUCUGAAGUUUUUUUCUUGCAAAGCUGCUAGUACCUGAACACCGAUUUUCAUGUUGCCUGCUCUGCGUGAUCCACUUAGCUAUUGGAUUUAGCUUCAGUAAAGUUGUACUUCAAAUAUUUGGGCUGUGACCCAGAAUUCUGUGUGUUCUGAUGUGCUCAUGUAUCCACGGAAUUCCUUGUCCUUUAAUUUCUUUUAAGUAUCUUUUUGUAUGUAGGUUACAUAUUGUUCAAUAGAUUUUAAAAUGGUAACCUGCUUUGAAUGCAUACUCCUCAUGUGUAUCACUUCAUGGAUGUGCAAUGGUCCCAACUUUAAAGUCAAUAAGGAAAUAUGGUGUACACCUGCACAUUGGAGCCUUUGUGCAGAUGUGGUACUUCUUGAUUUGGGCAUUUUUUCUAGACUGUAUCAUUAAAGAAAGAUAAAAUUUCAAAACUUCAGAAGCCACCUUCUGAUUAUACCAGGGCAACAUCAGGGUAAGACUCAAGAUCCUAUCAAUUGAGACAAUAUGUUGUUUUAACUUUUAUGUAUUAUUGACAAUAAGCGUGACAGCUAUAAGCUCUGGUUUGCUUUGGAGAAAUGUUAAAAUAUGUGUUGCUGUUUCUUUUUCAUUUUGAGUGACUCUCUUUGCAUUGUUGAAGUGUCGUGGUCCCUGCGGUUCACUGGUGGAUCUUCUCCAUUAUGUUUUUCCCAGUUGCUACUUUUUGCUGAUUCCAAAGAUAGUUGAAACUUGAUAAAGGAAAAUUAACCACAUCUUUUAAAAAUUGUGACUACUAGUUUGAAUUGGCUUUGUCUGGAAUACUCUUAAGCACUGGUGAUUAAAAUGAUCAUAUCUGGAAUCAAAAGUGAAUAAUUAAAAGUAGAUUUCUGUUGCAACACAAUUGGUCUAGUAACAGGACUGUUCAUAUGAUGUGUGGAUUAGCCAAAUGGCACAUCAAACAUGGCUGAAUGUGACAAUAAGCUUAGUUUGGUGUUGGUGCCUUCUGAACUCAUUGUCUUUGUAGUAAGCUUAUUCUUGGCACAUCAUAGAAACUUUGGAAAAUGUUUGUGUGUCAUGUAUAAACAUUUUCUAUCUUUGUGCUUUUACUUUAGUGAACAAUUUUUCAGCUGUUAACAAACCGUUUGAAUGUUGCACAAGUUAGCACACAGAAUUUAGUAGCAGACUGUCGCAUGACAGCAAUUCAGCAAUUAUGAAACCAUUCAACUGAGAGCAAUAUUUCCUAAUCUCAGGAGAAAGGCAUACAGUAUUGAGAAUUGAUUCUAAAGUAGUUUACAUUGAAUAUUGCUUGUAAUAAUUGAUCUUUACAUCACAAAAAGCCCUCUGUGUGGGCGGACAUUAAAAAAAGGGUUGGCCAUGUGGUCUCUUUUCUGGGCUUUUUUGUUUUGUUGGAUGUUAAUAAUGUAAAUAAAGGUUUCUAUUUGAAACUGAA